UGUCUUCCUUGUUUUAUGAAGUCCCUCCUUCAGAAAUACGUGUCGAGUUCUGUUUGUGUAGUUUGUUUAGUGUGUUGUGAUUCGAUAGUAGCUUAGCUUGCCGUUAGCUUAGCUGGCGACUGACGUAUUCCUGUGGGCGGAGUUUAGUAAAAAACGUUAUUCUGACGUCAUUUAAGCAGGAAGUAGAGGACUGUAGUCCAAACCGACCGUUCGCUGUAGGUUUUGAAAGGCGAUUUCUGUUAAAGAAAAUAUAUCACCUGGCAGUCAACUUUGAGCUUUAUCAUUUUACAGGGUGAAAAGGCACCUGGACGAUCAGGAAGUCGUUCCAGCAAUAUUUCUAAGGCGAGCAGUUCCAAGGAGUCCAAGGGAGCCGUGCUAAACAGUGUUUCGCAAACAUCAGUUUCACCUUCCUCUCAGGACAUAUGCAGCUCUACUGGUUACACUAAACAUGCAGUAGAUGGCUCAGAUCAAGCUACACUCAUCAUGCCUGUAAGCCACGCCCCCCACUCUAUUCCCAAUGCGAAGCGACAAGUCAAACGGCGCAUGCGGCGGCGGCGGGACAACAGUGGAACAGGGACCGCUGGGUGUGUCACAGAGUGUGUGAACCAACCGAGACCUUCGCGGUCACAUAAACAGGUACCCACACGAUAUGAUUCAUCCUCUGAAGAUGAGCAGCACUGGAGAGAAGCUCGCUCCUGGAGCCGACAGAAAGCUAGACGGAGGCGCAGCAGCGGCCGGCACGUGCAAGCACAGGACAUCGUUGAGCUUGAUGAGGGACAGAAAGAGAACCAGCCUCCCCACUGCAAGAGACCCACCACCAAGGGCCACAAAAAGGUUUUGGCAAAAAGGGAGGAGCGUGGGAGCCAAAGUCAGGCACCUAAAGAGGGUGGGCGUGGCAGUAGUAGGUGUGGAAGUGAGGAGGAGGAGGAGCCUAUUACAAAGUCGUAUGAGGAGCCAAGCUCUGGACACCCAGAUAUGGCUGUCCCAUCUUCCUAUAAAUGCACAAAUUCCACCAAUCAAAACGGUUCUUCUCAACAAACAUGCACUGAUGAUGAACUAGAGGUGUGCAGGAUCUGUCACUGUGAAGGUGAUGAAGAGUGUCCACUCAUCACGCCCUGCCGGUGUACAGGAAGUUUGCGUUUCGUGCAUCAGACCUGCCUGCACCAGUGGAUCAAGAGCUCUGAUACACGCUGCUGUGAGCUGUGCAAAUAUGACUUCAUCAUGGAAACACACCUCAAACCUCUGCGCAAGUGGGAGAAGUUGCAGAUGUCUGCAAGUGAACGAAGGAAGAUCUUCUGCUCGGUGACCUUUCAUCUGGCAGCCGUGGUGUGCGUCGUCUGGUCUCUGUAUGUUCUGAUUGACCGUACAGCUGAAGAAAUCCGACAGGGCAAAAACAACGCGUUGCUGCGUUUGUCCCCUCUCACUGCCGUAGGGGUGCUGGAGUGGCCGUUCUGGACCAAGCUUAUUGUGGUGGCCGUCGGAUUUGCUGGGGGACUCGUCUUCAUGUACAUUCAGUGCAAAGUCUAUCUGCAGCUGUGGAGGAGGCUGAAGGCUUUCAACAGGAUCAUCUUUGUACAGAACUGCCCCGACACCGUCCGCAACGGAGAUAACAGGCCCCCAAUGGUCACCCAAAGCAACGGCAAACAUGAGGCAUUGGAGGUUUCUGGACCUCAGACACAGACGAACACUUCUUGCCACGUCCCUCGGGGAAGUGUGGAGGUAGCUCCAGUUUGACAGUGAGUGGGGAGGGUGUGGCCACUUACUGUCCCAAUGCAAAAUAAGCACGAGGACAGAAUGUUGGCUGCGUCUCCAGAGGCUCAUUGUUUAUUGCUUUUGGUGAACUUAUGUGGUUGAAUGGUGGGGAAAAUCUAGCCAAGGACUUCUGAUGCAUUUGACCAAAGUGAUGUAACUUUAAUACAAAAAGCACUUUCUCCUUGCCGUUUGAUGUGUCCAAUCCUUAUAAAAAAAAAAACACAUGCUAAAAACAUAUCCUUAAUUCACACUGAGAGUUAUUUACUUAAUAAAAUGGUUAAAUUCAGUAAAAACCUUUAAAGUAACCAAAAAAGCUAGUAAAUAGUUGCAUUGGCACAUAGCUUGGAUGCUUUUAGCAAUGUGUAACAUUAACUUAGUUUUUAAAAACUGUGCUGUGUAAAAAGUUAUAAGUACUUGUCUAAUUCUGACACAGAGAUAUAUUAUUUUUGAAAGGAACAAUAGUACUGGAGAUACAGUGGCAAGAAAAAGUAUGUGAACCUUUUGGGAUUUCAUGGUUUUCUGAAUAAAUUUGUCAUAAAAUGUGAUCUGAUCUUCAUCCAAGUCAAGGGUAUUGACAAACAUAAUGUGUCUAAAAAUAAUGACACAAAAUUCUGAUCUUUCAACACUCAUUCAACAUUCAAAAUGGCAGUGCAAAAAGUAAGUGAACCCUUAGAAUUAAUAACAGGUUGAC